CUUCUUUUCGUUUCACUGCAUCAUAUCCUUUAGAGCAAGCAUGACCUGUCACAGCUCUUACUCUCGCUCACUACACACCUGACCACAGAGCUGGUGACAAACACCCUAUCAGCGUAGUCUGCUGAAGGGGUAGCCUCCCGAGAGAGAGAGAGAGAGAGAGAGAGAGAGAGAGAGAGAAUGAGGGACAGGCUCCAGCUGUCACUCUGACAGACUCCGGGCUGUAGCCCGCUCACACUCUGACUUUGGAGCAACACUUCAGCUGCUGGCUGUGUUCUGACCACCGGAUAAUCCACGUUCAUGUCGUUUUGCCUGGUUGACAUUUUUGACAUGGAAUCACCCACCAAGGAGAUUGAGGAUUUUGAGAACAACUCUCUGAAGUAUCUACAGCCGGAGCAGAUAGAGAAGAUCUGGCUGAGAUUGAGAGGACUGAGAAAAUAUAAGAAGACAUCUCAGAGAUUACGAUGUCUGGUGAAACAACUAGAGCGGGGUGAGGCCUCUGUUGUUGACCUAAAGAAGAACCUGGAGUAUGCAGCAUCUGUACUGGAGUCAGUGUACAUCGAGGAGACACGACGGCUGGUGGAUACAGAAGAUGAGCUUAGUGACAUCCAAUCGGAUUCGGUGCCUUCAGAAGUUCGGGAUUGGUUGGCCUCUACCUUUACGCGACAGAUGGGUUUGAUGCUUAGGCGGACGGAGGAAAAGCCACGUUUCCGCAGUAUUGUGCAUGCUGUGCAGGCUGGUAUAUUUGUAGAGAGGAUGUACCGGCGGACGUCGAACAUGGUAGGAUUAAGCUAUCCACCCAGCGUGAUCACAGUACUAAAGCACGUGGACACAUGGUCAUUUGAUGUGUUUGCGCUGAACGAUGCAAGUGGAGAUCAUGCACUAAAAUUUAUAUUUUAUGAGCUCCUCACCAGAUAUGACCUGAUCAGUCGCUUCAAGAUCCCCAUCUCUGCACUGGUGUCAUUUGUAGAGGCACUUGAAGUGGGCUACACUAAACACAAAAACCCAUACCAUAACCUUGUCCAUGCAGCAGAUGUCACUCAAACUGUACACUAUUUUUUGCUCAAGACAGGCAUGGUGCACUGGCUGACAGAGUUAGAAAUCUUUGCGAUGAUAUUUGCAGCAUCAAUACAUGAUUAUGAACACACCGGAACUACUAACAAUUUUCACAUACAAACAAGAUCAGACACUGCAAUAUUGUACAAUGACCGUGCAGUACAGGAGAACCAUCACGUGAGUUCUGCUUAUCGACUCUUACAGGAGGACGAUGAAAUGAAUAUUCUUUAUAACUUAUCAAAAGAUGACUGGAGAGAGUUCCGAACACUGGUAGUUGAGAUGGUUUUGGCCACAGACAUGUCCUGUCACUUCCAGCAGGUCAAAGCCAUGAAGAAUUUCCUUCAGCAGCCAGAGGCGAUUGACAAACCAAAGGCUUUAUCACUGUUAUUGCACACUGCGGACAUCAGCCACCCUGCCAAAAAGUGGGAUAUGCAUUAUCGCUGGACCACAUCUCUGCUGGAGGAGUUCUUUAGACAGGGUGAUAAAGAGGCAGAACUGGGACUUACUUUCUCUCCUCUUUGUGAUCGCAAAUCCACGAUGGUGCCCCAGUCUCAGAUCGGCUUUAUUGACUUCAUUGUGGAGCCCACAUUCACUGUGCUGUCAGACAUGGCAGAGAAAGUAAUGACUCCCCUCAUUGACGAGGCAUCACGCUCAGGGUUGGCCAGCUUUAGACGUUCCAGUCUGAAUAAUAUCCCAUCUGAUGGCAAGCGGGCCAAUGUGAAGAGUACUAGCACGGAGGGCAGCACCGCUCACAACGGCUCCCUGCUUAGUGUUGACAUCAAAAGUUUCAAGAGUACCUGGACUGAAGAGGUGCAUCAGAACAGAGAGAAGUGGAAAACUCAGGCAGCCAAAGAGGAGAAGGUCAAAAAGGAGGAGGAAGAGAAGGCCAAUGAGAAAGAGACUGAUAGGAAACAGGACACAAGUGAAGAGAAAAUGGACACCACACAGGAUAAAGGCAAGACAGAGAAAGAAGCAAAAGAAAAAUCACCAAACAAAGACACGAAAGAUUCAUCCUUUACAGAUCAUAACACGGUCAAAUUAAGGGACACAAAACCAGAGCCAACAGACUCAAGCAAGGUCAAAGCGGAUAAGAAAGAGCCCAGAGAACAGCAGCCCAAAGAGGUGGAGGGCAAUAAGGACCCAGGAGGCGUGAAUGGAAGAAAGCCAGAGGCUGCUAAUGAGCAGGUGGAUGCAAAAGAGCUGGACACCAGCAGUGAUGCAGACAAUAGCCAACAAGUACAAAACGGAGAAGAGCUGGACUUACCUGACAGUGAUGGCAGUCACACAAAGAGCUCAGAUGAUGCAGAUGAGGAACACAGCACAUAUGAAAGUUCAGCCAUCUCCCUAGUAGCCAGUGCUGCAGCUGCCUCCACGCCUGAUGCACACUAACCACUCUUUCAUUUCUCAACAAGGACUCCAUCUGCUGGGCAACACUCUCGCUCCUGCACAAUGGCACCAUCUGGUGUCUGCUUUGAUAUUUAUACAAACUGAUUUCUUUUAUAUCAUUGUUUUCUUUAUUUGAUUUCUUUUGCAAAUAGACUUUCCUUUUUUUACUUUUUUAAACUAUUUUCCUUUUGUGACCUAAUUCUCUUCUGCUUGUACUGAUGUGUUGGCUUUGGCCUAGAGUUACCCCAAUACAGAGUCACAUUAGCCCAGUGGGUUUUUCUUAUAAAGGCCCAGAGAGUCUGUUAGCACUGGAGCCAGGGCGGAGCAUAUGGCAGUAUGGCCAUCAGAUGUACCCUCCAACUAAACUUUUCCUAAAGAUCUCACACACACACACACACACACACACACACACCAAUACGUACUAAUAUUUAUAUAAAAGCUACAAAGCUGUCCAGAGAUAGGCUCAAGCACACACACACACUAGAACUGACACAUAGCCAGCUGAACUGGGCGCUGUUUUUACCUGGAAUUUUCUUUAAAUGCACAUUUGUAUGGAAAAACUAGCUGAAGAACAUUCACCUUAUUAUGUUAUCUUGUUGUUCCCUGUAUGUAACUUUCAAGUUGAUAUGCAUUAUGUCCUGUUAAAUAUGCUAGUCAGGACUUGAGUUAGCCUUAAGCUGACUUUGGCAGUAUUCAGUAAAUGUGUGUUAUGGGUAAUGUUUUUUUAUUUAUGGCACAUAGCUAAGCUUGAUGUGACAUCUGUUUAUCUGAUGAAACCACUGAUUUCAUCUGUAUAAUGUCGCUUUGAACAUAGAACGUAUAUUUUCUUUAUUUCGUUCUACACUGUAAUAAGGUCAGUGUGAAAAACUAAAACAAUGUAAAUCUGAUAGACCCCUUUUGGUUGACAUUUCUAUUUUGCCAAAAUUACAUAGAUUUUAGUGGUACAAUAUAUUCCUGUAAAUAGAAAAAAAAAAUGUAAGAGAUAUUUUAAUAUAUAUAAUGCAGGGGAGUCUAACCUUAUGAUCUAAUGACCGAACUUGUGUCUUUUUCUCCAUUAUGGUGAGCUGCAUUUAUUACUAGACAGUGUACAAGCUGCAGUGUCAUCUUAGGUAAAACACUGUCCUCUGCCUCAAUGUUAAACAGUUUAGUUGAUCAGAACUUGUAAUAUAGUACAUGUAUUUUCUGAUUUAAGCAGUCAGUUGGAUUUUUUUGAGUAUUUUGUAUAUAUUUACUGUACAUAAAUAAGAAAAUAUAAUUUGUGUACAGAUACAGUCAGAGAACAUUAGACUUACUAAAAUGGGGAAGGUCAGCAUCAUUUUAAUUUAACAACUUUAUUUGGAUUAAAACUUAUUAUAGAAAACAAAAUCCUUUUUUCAUGUCUAGAGAUGUAUUUCCAGCUUUUUUUUUUUAAAAAAGACUGUUUAAUCUUAUAAAUUGUGGGGGGGAAAUCAUGCCACUUCCUUUGAUGCACUUAAUUACAUUUUUCAGUAUAUGAGCCAUUACAGCUUCCCUUAUUUUCAAGCCAUAAAGAUUAUGUAAGUUUAUAUUUUCUAUUUUUAAUUUAAACUUUAACAUUCCUUACUGAAGAUUUUUGUUAUUACUAGAUGACAUAUGGAAGAUUAUAUCUAUUAGGAAACUUUUUCGAAUUGCAAGUAAUAACGUUGAAUGUAAUCAAAAGCACAUACUCACUCUGCACAUCAACAAAACUAAAAAAAAAAAUAUUUUGCUCAAAUUCAAGUAAAAUUACACCCUAAUAAUAAAGAGCAUAUUUUAUUUGCUAUUAUUUUUAAUUUAGUGGCAUAUGUUAAAUAGUCAACAAGCUCACUGUGUAAAAUGUUAUUGCUGCCUUUACCAAAGAGAUAAAAAGAUUUAUUUUGUAGACAAAUCCUUUGUCCCUUAGCACAACCCAUUAGAGAUAAAAACGUGUCACUAGAUACUGUGCAAGUUGUUUAAAUGAGGUUUAUUAAGCUUAAUAAUAAUCGCUGCCUUAAAUUCAUUUUGUUGUACUAAUAGAGUAUGUGAUAUUUUGAAACCUCAAUGUGGUAUCAGGUGAUAUAUAUUUUUUUUCUCAUACGAAUGUAAGCUAAUUGUCAGUCCUUGUAUGCCAAUCAUCAUUUUUAUCAAAUGUGUGUUCCAAAAAAAACCUAUAUAGUAUGUUUUCUAUUUGUGCAGUAUUGAAUGAAAAGCAGGCAAUCAUGAAAAGGCAACACUGACAUAACUUUUUUAUUUCUUUGACUGUCUAUAAUGUACCAUUUUAGGCAAUGUAGUAAUCAUACAUCAAAGUGUUCUUCAUGUUUAUGCAGAUAUCAAAUGUAAAUUAUAAUUUUUUUCAUAUUCUCUCACCAGCAAGCUCAGUAAGCUGAUACAGAGCUAGGCAUGACAUUAUAACCUGUUGGCAGCAGUACUGUACAAAAGUCUUCAGCUAUUAAAAAAAAAAAAAAAAAAAAAAGUUUGUGAUGCAAAGAUGCUUUGAAAAUGUAUUUUAAAAUGUAAACACUGUAAACAGGAAAAACAUAUCCAAAUUUACUAUUUAAACUAACAUCAGUUGUCUAGGUCAUUCAGUUUUAUAAGAAAAAUAGUUGGUUGCUGAGUUUAAACAUGUUAGAAAACUUGUUAUGGCUCUUCCAUAGACUUGCCUAUCUCAUAUUCUUCAGGAUCAGGAGGAUCAUCUGGUGUUUUACCAGAAAAUUUAUCUGUUAGUUUAAACCGUUUUUUCUUUAAUAAACAUAUUUUCUUCUUUUUCGAAAAUGUUUUUUUUUUUUAAGUAAAUGGAAUGGAAUUUUUGCAAGACUUUUGCACAAUACUGUAAACACAAGCCUAGUGUUGCUGAUACAAUCCAAAUGGCUGUUCUAUUUUCUUUUGACAUGAAAGGUCACUUUGGGAGUACUGUUGCUUUCAGGGGUAAGAUGACACACAGACCUGUUAAUUGCAAAGCAUGUAAAAUAUGUCUCUGUUUGCCUGCACUCACCUCAUCAGGAAUCAGCUGUAACAUGCAGUGUGCCGUGAAAUAUUAUCAAAAAAUAAUACAGAAGUAAACAAGGUACAAUGAAGUUUUGCCUUAAAGAAUUUAUUUUGUGUGUGUGUGUUUUGCUGCUUUAUAAUAGGAAACUGCCAGGUAUUAGAUAUCUUACAACCUCUUGUCUUUCAAUCUCUAUUUUUAUCAUGACAUUGUCUGGUUUUUACUCCUUUAUAGUUUGUUUUGAUAAAUUUAGUAUACUACUACUACUACUACUACUACUACUACUAAUAAUAAUAAUAAUAAUAAUAAUAAUAAUAGAACACGUGAUCUUGGUGGUAAAAGUAAGAUGAUCAGAAUUGGAUUAGUUCAAUUUAGAAAAAAGUUUUACAGCUCAGUGCCACCCCCUGCAGGUUGUCUUACGUAUUGCAUCAGUACCAUGAAACUGUUCAUUAUUUUUUUCUUUUUUUACGCUCAGUUUUGUGCACAUAAGCCAUAUAAUUUUUUUGUACAUUUUGUGUAUCUUUUGCAAGUUUGACACAUUAAGACUUCACUAAUGUCCUGUUCAAUCCUCUUUCUUUUUUCAAAUGAUGAAAACAAUCGCAAACUAAGAGUGACAUGGUGGUAUGAUUCUGUUUGUUUCAGAUGCUCCAUUGUUGCACUGUUGUGCCAAUAAAUCUAAACUCAAAGGGCUCAGAUGAUGACUCUGUGUUUUUAUUCAGCUACAUUUCUGCAUCUAAAAUAAUAGAUAUGUUUAAACAUGUGGAAUUACAGAAAAUCUUAUUAAUACCAUGCCCCUCUUUAAACUAAUGGCUGGAUCUUUUGUCUUGCAGAAGAAGGCAGAGGGUACCUGAUCCGCUUCACCAAGAAGCCCAGCUACUGUGCCAGUUCCUACCCCAUGCCCCGAGAGAAAGGAGCG